AAAAACGAACCCACACAGGUACCAAAUCAUAUUACGACCUUGUUUCAAGACAUACCUUCCGAAUUCGAAGUGCUCCAGCCGGCGGCAACUCCCGUUUGCCCAAUCAGUCUAUUCCCGAGUGUCUCAGUGCUGUUCAAAGCGCCCUAUCGAUAAUGGAGAAAAAAGGGUGUCCCUGUGCGCCAGACGGAAAACAGUCAAACGUUUGUGAUGCUAAUGGGCAUCCUUCCCAAGGAUCCGGACAACACGUUUCACAGAAUGGCGGCCCACCCGCUGGCCGUCGUCCGCCAUGCGGCCCAGGUCCACCCAUGGGACGUCGGGGGCGGUGCGGACCAGACCCGUGUGGAGAAGAACUGUGUCUGAUUAGCAAGUCAGGUGGUGCUGGAGGCGCUGGUGCUGGAGGUGCUGGUACCUCUGGUCCUAGAACACGUGGUCAUGCAGGUGAGCCAGAUGAUGACCGCGUUGUUGCCUUUGGACCUGAUGGUGGAUAUGGCGUUGGCCCGAACGGAGAGCGUUACGGUGAUCCUGUCGGUGUUCGUGGCGGUAAACCUGGCACUGGUCCUGAUGGUGGCAGCGGUGGAUACGGCGGCGGUCCAACUGAUGCUUCUGGCAAAGGCAUUGACAGCGGAUAUGGCGCCGGUUCUGGCACUGGCGGUGCUCCUGGCAAAGGCUACAACAAUGGUCGAGGCGGUGGCCCGGGCACAGGCACUGGAAGCGGAUAUGGUGAAGCUCAGGGCUUCGGACAAGGCCCAAAUCCCAAAAGAGAACAAACAUCAUUACCUGGAGGCCGCUUGUCGAUGGCCAUAGCUGUGGGGCUCUUUGCCGCAGGAGUCGCCUCGACCAUCAAGCUAGGAGAUGUGGCCAAUGAGAUGGGCUAGGAUCGCUAGCAGGGGUUUAUUAUAUUUAACUGUUUGCAACAAACACGAGGGCAAGGUCACCCAAAUACUCAUCUACACAAUAUCCCGGACACAAUUAAUUCAAGUAUCACUUACAAGCAGGCGCUUAUGUUUGCCAUUCAAAUUCUAAAUUAAAGCAGUUCCAAG